AUGGCCGUGGAACUUCUCACCCAGGCCGACGGCUAUGGCAUCAUCGUUGGUCUUUCGGUGCUGUUUUGUCUCAUUAUCAUCGCUGCAGUCCGCAUCCAGAAGAGGUAUCUUUCGGAGGACAGCGAUCAAUCGGAGAUGUUCAUGGUCGCUAACCGUUCCGUUGGGACUGGAUUGACGGCCUCAGCGGUUUUUUCGAGUUGGAUGUGGAUCAACGAAAGUGUCUUUUCAGCUGCCUACACAUACAAGUGGGGAGUUGCGCUUCCGAUAUGGUGGGCCAGUGGACUAUCCUUCCAGAUUGCGCUCAUGGCAGUCCUCGGUAUCGUGGCAAAGCUGCGGGUGCCGUAUGCUCAUACCUCGCUCGAGAUCAUCAAGAUGAGAUACGGAAAAUAUGCGCACUGGCUGUUCAUCCUCCUGAACCUGGUCAACAACGUCUUCGGCUGUGGCAGUAUGAUCUUGGCAGGCGCUCAGCUGGUGACUGGGAUGACUGGAAUGCAUGUUAUCGCUGCAUGUAUCUUGAUUCCGGCGGGAGUCGUCACCUACACGGCAGUGGGAGGGCUCAAGGCCACAUUUCUCACUGAUUUCUUACAUACAACUAUCGCUCUGAUCCUCUUGAUCUACUUCUCCCUCGCUGUCCUAACGAACGAGCAUAUUGGAGGCAUCUCGGGCUUAUACGACAAAGUCAAAGCCACGAACGAUUACAUCCCUGGCAACUACAAAGGCUCACUUUUGACCAUGAAAUCCAAGAGCUCGCUCAUGUUCGGCCUGGUGUUGAAGUUUGGGAAUCUCGCACUGGUGCUCAUGGACACCGCCUUCUGGCAGAAAUCCUUCGCCUCGGAAGUGCACUCGACCGUCCCAGCCUACGACCUGGUCUCUGUCGUUAUCCUCGCCAUACCUUGGUGCACCGGGACCAUUAUCGGGCUGAGCGCGCGGGCGAUCGAAAAGACUCCCGUGUGGUUCGACUACCCCAAUACUCUGACACUCACUCAAGUGAACUCUGGCCUCGUGAUGCCGUACGUGCUGAGGUCGCUUCUUGGCACUGGGGCCACUGCCGGUCUGCUCGUGCUCGUCUUUAUGGCCAUCACCAGCACGGUGUCUUCGUCCAUGAUAGCGGUCAGCAGUAUCAUCUCUCUCGACUUCUUCCGCACCUACAUCGACCCCCGAGCGUCCGACCGCAAAACGCUCAAGGUGAGCCACUGGGGGGUGGUCUUCCACGGCUGCUUCAUGGCCGGCUUUGCCAUCAUGCUCGAGUAUGCCGGCGCGACGAACAACUGGUCCACGUACUUCCGACCAAUCGUGGCGUGUCCUGGUAUCUUGCCCAUGAUCUUGACGCUCCUCUGGUCUAGACAAACGAAGCUGGCGGCCAUCCUCAGCCCCAUCCUCGGGCUUCUGUCCGGCGUCGCGACUUGGCUUUCCCUGUCAUGGGCGUGGUCGGGGGCAAUCAACAUUCAAACAACGCAGGACCAGGUCCCAGGGCUCUACGCUGCCAUUGUCUCCUUCUUCUCCCCGGCGCUGUAUUCUGUCAUCAUCUCCCUCGCCUGGCCGAGCCAGUUCGACUGGCGCGAGUUCCUCAGGAUCGACCUGAUCGAAGACAAGAGCCAGCCGAGCAGCUCGCUGCAGUCCACCCUGCCCAGCAGCGAAGCCGUCAACGAGACGCCCAAGACUGCAGACAACAGCUCCGCGAAAGAAGCCUACGAGAAGGAGACAUACCUCACGGGCGGAGAGGAGGCCAGUCCACCCCCCAGCCCGACACGGCGGCAGCUGAACGCACAAGUGCCCCUGGACGAAGUGGUCCACCCGUUCGACGCACAGACGAUCCGCCACAUCAAGAAGUGGUUCAAGAUCGCCAGCAUCUACUUCGUCGUCAACGUCCUGGUCACCAUCGUGCUCUGGCCGCUGCCGCUGUACCGGGACUGGAUCUUCACCAAGAGCUUCUUCGGCGGGUGGGUCACCAUGGCCAUCAUCUGGCAUUUCGGCGCCAUGUGCGUCGUCAUCGUGUACCCGUUCUAUGACGGCCGGCAUGAGAUUGCCCGGGCGGUUCGCGGGAUGGUCAAGGAGUUAAAGGGGAGGAGGUGA